CGGGGGGGAAGGAAUAAUAAUGGAAGGCUGAUGAUGAUGAAUGUGGGUGGAAUGACACUGGAUGGAUCGGGUGACGAUCGCCGGCACGUUUCACCUGGGCGUCCCCGCUUUUUUUUUAGUGACAAUACAGCCUGACUUACCACCAAGUACUACUAGGGACCCCCGGGAAGCCGCAUCUUGCUUUCUUUCAACGGAGCUCUCUCUCUCUUCUUCUUCCUCUUCCCCUUCUUCCUACCUCUCUCUGACUGUCGCCCUUCCUCCCACUUCACCCCCUCAUCCGUCAUAUCAUGCUCUAAGCUGGUCCUUAGCACCUCCCCCCAAACAGGUACUGGUACCAUGGUCACCGCUCCUUCGCUAGCCGCGACCCGCAAGGACACCCUCUUGUCCCGCCGGUAUAUCGAGGGCCUCAUUGCCGACGGCAAGCAUGUCAUCAUUUUCGACAAUCGCGUCCUAAAGGUCGACGCCUGGAUCCCCUACCAUCCCGGUGGUGACAAGUCCAUCAGGCACAUGGUUGGGAAGGAUGCCACGGAUGAAAUCAAUGCGCUACACUCGAAAGAAGCGCGCCAACGAAUGCUAUCCUUCCAGAUCGGUCGCAUUGACGGUCCAUGGUUGAAUUUCCUUCCUCCGAUCCAGGGCGGCAAGUUCCGGGCCUAUACCGAGGAUUGCUUGUCCGAUGACGAGAGCUCCGGACAAGAAAGCUCCGGUCAGGAAACGUCCCAGCCGCCGUCCCCAAUCUUCGAUGCAGUCGAUGCCACGUCAGGUGCUCGUCAACGAAAGACCGCGUCUGCCACAACCCCUGCCACGACCACCGAGACCGACGAAUUCAAACCGAAACCGUUCUUUCUCGAUGCCCGUACCCAGGAGGAGCUCGUUUUCGACACGGCCAAAUAUCCGUCUGUAGAUGCAGAAAACCAGGAGAAGAUUAAGCAGAGGUAUCGGGAGCUGGACCAACAGAUCCGUGCGGAAGGGCUCUACGACUGCCGCUAUUUCUCCUACUUGAUCGAAUGCUGCCGGUAUACACUCUUCGCUGCUUUGUCGUAUUACUUCCUUCAGAUCGGGUGGUAUGGGACAUCGGGGUUCUUUCUAGGAUGCUUCUGGCAUCAGCUUGUGUUCAGCGCCCAUGAUGCUGGCCAUAUGGGCAUCACGCACAACUUCCACGUCGACACGGUGAUCGGCAUCAUUAUAGCCGAUUAUCUAGGAGGACUCAGUUUGGGAUGGUGGAAGCGCAGCCACAACGUUCACCAUAUCGUGACGAACGCACCCGAGCACGACCCCGACAUUGAACACAUGCCCUUCUUCGCCGUCUCCCAUCGUUUCCUGACCAGCCUCCGCAGCACCUACUACGACCGCGUCAUGACAUACGAUGCCGCCGCGAAAUUCUUGCUAAAAUUCCAGAACUACCUUUACUACCCCAUCCUACUGUUCGGUCGCUUCAACCUGUACCGGCUGAGCUGGGAAUACCUCUUCUGCGGUCAAGCACCCAAGAAGGGUCCUGCCUGGUGGCACCGGUGGUUCGAGAUUGGCGGUCAGAUCUUCUUCUGGAGCUGGUUCGGCUAUGGGGUGAUGUAUCGUACCAUUCCCGAUUGGAGCAGUCGGCUCACCUUCCUCUUCAUCUCCCACAUGGUCACUUCUCCUCUGCACGUGCAGAUCACGCUCUCUCACUUCGCCAUGUCCACUUCCGACAUGGGAGUCAACGAGUCCUUCCCGCAGCGAAUGCUUCGUACCACCAUGGACGUCGACUGCCCGACAUGGCUCGACUUCUUCCAUGGCGGUCUGCAAUUCCAAGCCAUUCACCACCUGUACCCGCGCAUCCCGCGCCACAACCUGCGCCGUACCCAGAGACUGGUGCUCGACUUCUGCCGCGACACGGGAAUCCCCUACACCAUCUUCACCUUCUACGACGGCAACAAGGAGGUAAUUGGCAAACUCGGGGACGUGGCGAAGCAGGUCCGCAUCCUCGAGGAGUGCAGAAAGUCGUGCGCUGAGCACGGUGUCUUCUCUGAUCACCACUAG